GUUGAAUAGUCCUGCUGCAUAAACUUUUACUCGAGAUCUCCUCCUCUCACCUGAAAUAACCUUUGAAGUGAAGUUUAAGCCCCGCCCCUCUCUAUUAAAUACCAUCGCUCUGCAUUAACAUUAAACCACAGUAUCCACUGGUCCGAUGGGGUUUUCAGAAGUGCUCCUCUCCAGUCCCGGCUCCGUUCUGGGGCUCGUCCUUUUCUUGAUCCUGUUCUGCCUGGCCUAUAGUGGUCUGGACUCAGAUGGGGGACCCCCAGGACCCAGACCAGUCCCAGUCCUGGGGAACCUGCUGCAGCUGGACCUGAAGAGACCCUACCAGACCCUGACUCAGUUUGCUCGUCAGUACGGCCCCGUGUUCUCGGUGUGGUUGGGCCCUCAUCGGGUGGUGGUCGUGGCCGGGUACAAGACGGUGAAGGAGGCUCUGGUGACCCACGCCGAGGUGUUUGGAGACAGAGAAGUCCCGCACAUCCUGAAGGAGACGCUGGACGUGAACAAAGCCGGAGUGAUCUGGGCCAACGGAGACGCCUGGAGGGAGAUGAGACGCUUCAGUCUGACCAACCUCAGGGACUUCGGGAUGGGCCGGAGAGUCUGCGAGGACAAGAUCCGAGAAGAAGCCCAGUGUCUCAGCCAGGUCUUCAACGAGUACAGAGGAGAAGCGUUUGACUUGACGGAGUCGGUGAACUGCGCCGUGUCAAACAUCAUCUGCUCCCUGGUCUACGGCAGCCGCUUCGAAUACGACGACCCCGACUUCAUCACUCUGGUCCAAAACAUCAACAGGAACAUGCAGCUGCUGGGCUCCCCGUCCAUUCAGAUCUAUAACCUGUUCCCGUGGCUCGGGCGCCUGGUGCCAAACAGGAAUGAAGUUAUGAAAAACAAGGAGGAAGCUGAAGAACAGAAUCGAAGGUUUUUUCAGAAACUGAGAGAGACUCUGAACCCACAGAUGUGCAGAGGCUUCGUGGACGCCUUCAUGCUGACUCAGGAAAAGGAGAGCGGCGUUCCUAACUCUCCGUACCACGAGGAGAACCUGCUCCGGACGGUUCUGCAGAUGUUUGCAGCAGGAACCGACACCACAGCCACGACUCUGAGAUGGGCCUUUCUGCUCAUGGCCAAGUUCCCACACAUCCAGGACCGGGUUCGUGAGGAGAUCUUCAGGGUGAUCGGAAGUCGCCAGGUCCAGACGGAGGACAGAAGAGACAUGCCCUUCACAGACGCCGUGAUCCACGAGACUCAGAGGUUCGCCAACAUCGUCCCAAUGUCCCUGCCCCACAAAACCAGCCGAGACAUCACCUUCCAGGGACACUUCAUCAAAAGGGGCACUCAGGUGUGGCCGCUCCUCACCUCAGUGCUCUACGACGAGAGCGAGUGGGAAAAGCCUCACAGUUUCCAUCCGGAUCACUUCCUCCACAAAGACGGAACGUUCAGGAAGAGAGACGCCUUCAUGCCCUUCUCUGCAGGUCGUAGGAUUUGUCUGGGAGAAUCUUUGGCUCGGAUGGAGUUGUUCAUUUUCUUUGUGACGUUGGUGCAGAGUUUCCGCUUCACUGCGCCCCCUGGUGUUCGUGAGGAGGACCUGGACCUGAGCGCUCGGGUCGGCCUCACGCUGAACCCUGCGCCGCACAAACUCUGCGUCGUGUCCUGCUCUGUCACUCGUUCUCGUUCUUCUCUCUCGUUCUUGUGUCGCUCUGGAGCCGACAUGGCCGUCGAGCUUUUUAUCUCCGUCUUUUUUCUUGGAUUUGUGUCACUUCUCUUCAUUGGUUAUUGCAUGUCCUCAAACUCCAAUGAGAAGGAGCCUCCUGGACCCAGACCGCUCCCCAUACUCGGAAACCUGCUCAAACUUGACCUCAAAAACCUGCCCGAGUCCAUAUGGAAGCUCUCGGCGGAGUACGGGACGGUGUUCACGACGUUCCUGGGCGCGGAGAAGUGGGUGGUGCUGGUCGGGUACGAGACGGUGAAGGAGGCUCUGGUGGAACACUCCGAGGCGUUUGGAGGAAGAACGCCGACCGUGAUGAUGGAGGAGACCGUCCAGGGACACGGCAUCACCUGGUCCAACGGAGACACGUCCAGGGAGAUGAGGAGCUUGUUCCUGAAAGACUCGUUUAAUGUGGAAGACCUGAAGCAGAAGAUCUCAGAGGAGAGCGAACAUCUGACCAACGCCCUGAAAAAACUCAACGGAGAAGCGUUUGACACUUUCCAGACUCUGAACUACGCCACAUCAAACGUGAUCUGCUCUGUGGUUUACGGCGCUCGCUUCCAGUACGACGACCCUCAGUACUGCACCAUGAUCGACCAGCUGUACCAGCGCACGCUCCUGUCCGGCAGCCCCUCCGUCAAGAUUUAUAACCUGUUCUCGUGGAUGGGCCGCUGGGUCGCGCGCUCCGUCAGGGAACAGAUUCUGACGAUCAUGGACACGUUCAGAGAAGAAAACCUGGUGAUGUUCAAACGUCUGAGAGAGACGCUGAACCCACAGAAGUGCAGAGGCUUCGUCGACGCCUUCAUGGUCAAACAGACGCAGCUGCAGGAGUCUGGAGCGACGGACGGCGUGUUCACCGAGGAGAACCUGGUGCACUCGGUCAUGUCGUUGCUCGUGGGCACACAGUCGACCUCCACGGUCCUGACGUGGCUGCUGCUCCUGAUGGCCAAAUACUCACACAUACAGGACCAGGUUCGUGAGGAGAUCUUCAGAGUGAUCGGGAGUCGUCAGGUUCGGAUGGAGGACCGAGCGGACCUGCCCUUCACGGUCGCAGUAAUUCACGAGACUCUGAGAUAUGCCAACUUCGCUCCCAUGGGCAUCGGCCGCAGAACCACCCAAGACAUCAACUUCAAGGGCUACUUCAUCAAAAAGGGGACCACGGUCUGGCCGCACCUCAGCUCCAUCCUCUUCAACGAGAGCGAGUGGGAAAAGCCUCACAGUUUCCAUCCCGCUCACUUCCUCCACAACGACGGAACCUUCAGGAAGAGAGACGCCUUCCUGCCCUUCUCUGCAGGUUUCAGGAUGUGUCCCGGAGAAGGUCUGGCCAGGAUCGAGCUGUUCACCUUCUGCGUGACUCUGAUGCAGCGUUUCCGCUUCACUGCGCCCCCUGGUGUCACCGAGGAGGAACUGGACGUGACCCCGACGCCUGGUUUCAUCACGAGACCCAAGCCCCAGCCCCUGUGCGCCGUGUCUCUGGACUGAACCCGACACCUGAGCAACGACAAAUAUCUACAGCCAUCUGAGGAAAAAAAAUAAAAAAAUAAAAAAUGCUUCUCUCGCCUCGUUUUUUCUCGACUCUUUUCCAGCAGGUGUGAGUUUUGGGCUUGGGCCUCUCCAACGACACUGAUGGAAAAGUCAUUUUGGGGUCAAUAUGUAUCAUGGAGACUUUUCUUAGUAUUUGUGGAAAACUUUUUGUUAUUUUUCUGUUCUUUUUUUUUUUUUUUUUUUGGUUUUUCAGUGGACACAAAAUGUUUUUUAAUCGUGAAACUGCAGAAAUAAACUCAUUUCUCAAGUCA